GUUGGGGAUGCUGCAGAGGGGGAGAGCGAACAUGGCUGCUUCAAGUGAGGUACACUGAGUCCUGAGCAGCGAACGAGUUCGAAAGGCUUUCGGAAGCUCUGCUGGGGGGCGCCCUGCCAGCGGCCCGAAGGGCUUGAGCUUUGCAGCUAGCCCCUCAGGCAGGAAGGAUCCAGCCCCGGUGAAGCGGAUGAGGCUGUGGCAGGGAGGGGAUCUACACACAACUCUAUGACAAGAGAAUUUUACAAAGAUGAAAAAGUUUACACUCUUUGAUUUCAUAAAUGACAAUUCCCUCCGUGUAGGAGAGACUUCAUGGAUACAGGACCUUCCCAGUGAUGACAAAGAAAUUGCAAAUCUACUAAAAGCAAAAGAAAAUGUGUUAGUAAAUUGGCCAGUGGAGGAGAAAAAGACAGAGAAACAGUUAGCAAAAGUAGUUUCCAUGAGCAAUGACCCUCAAGAGCUGGUUGAGAUUAUUCAGAGGAUCUUAGAAGCAAAUGAAAAGGAAAUACAAGGGCUUCAAAAAGAAAAAAGGAAAGAAAUGGAAACACUAAGCUCAAAGAAUGAAGAGAGGGAAAUUGAUCAAGAACAGGAACAGAUUCAGGAACAGAAGAGUAAAAAAAGAAAAAAAUUUCUACAAGAUUCUUCUCCUGCUAAGAUGCUGAAUCAACUGGAAACACCUUUGAUGGACAAACUGGGAGAAUCUUCUUCUGGAACUGCCUUUCUGCCCACUGAAAUCAGUAGUGAUGAUGAAGAGUCUUUAAUCCAGUUAUCAAAAGUGGAAUUGUGUGCCAAAAUAAAAAAUCUGAAACAGAAACUCUCUGACACCAUGACAGAAAACUGCCGCCUUCGGCAGUCACUGGUCACACUUCAAGUGUUACCCCAGGCGGUUACCCACUUUGAAGAGCUGGUGAGCAUGGCAGAAGCACUGCUUAAAAGAGGAGGAGCUCAUUCUGCAUCCAGCCUUCAUUCCCAAGACAUCUGGAAGGCUGCAGGAAAUACUUUACCAGAUUCUUAUUCUACAGUGGGUAGUAAUUCCAAUUCACCUCUCUCCUCAAAGGUAGAGGAGGAAGAGCAUCCCAUUGAUAAAGAGUUCAAGAUUGAAAAAUGGCAGAUUGCCCUUUGCAACAAGAGCAAGCCUCAGAAAUUUAUAAAUGAUAUAAUGCAAGCACUUUAUACCAAUGAAUAUAUGGCAACACAUAGCUUAACAGGGGCAAAAUCCUCUUCUUCUAAGGAGAAAACAGCAAAGCCAGCUAUGAAUCAAAAUGAAGUCCAGGAAAUCAUAGGUGUCACAAAACAGUUAUUUCCCAACACAGAUGAUGCUUUAAUUAGGAGAAUGAUGGGUCAAAAGUUAAAUAACUGUACUAAGAAGCCAAUUUUAAGCCAAGAUCUUAAUCCCCAUGUUUUUAGGAAGCAAGCCUUUUGAACAAUUGGUAAUAAUGAAAAAUCUCCAACUACACAUACAGUAUUUUGUGGAAACAUAUGAAGUGACUAAGUAUGAAACAACUACAGUAUGACUUGGGCCUUCCUGGAAGAAACACAGUGUGGUAAUCCAGAUCAUUAAGCUGGAGAAUUUGGAGAAAUGUUAACUGUUGUUCAAAUCAGAAUAAAUAUGUAGUACAGGUUAUUCUAGAAUAUUUAUGUUACUUAAUAUAUAUGCAUAUAUGUCUCUGUUUAAUUCAUUUGCUAGUGACUGUGAGCAGUUAUUACUUAUGAUGUAGGAAAAACCUAUAAUAGUUUUUAAUGACAAGAUUCCUUAAGUAAAAUCAGGUUGCUGAUUCAAAAUACUUGAAAAAUUAUUGCUAUGACAAAACUAAGCAUUCUGAUAUUUAUUCCUUAUGUAAAAGUCUCCUUAUUUAGAGUUUGCUACUCUGGAAUUUAGAUUCAUACUCUCUCACUAGGCAAAGAAAGUCAGUAUUGGACUAUCAUAAAUGCAGUAUCAAUUAACUAAAGAUAAUAUUAGAAAGAGUAUUAUAAAAUCAAGAUAAUGUGUUACCAAGAAAUACCAUGUUGUGCAUUGUGAUUACAAAAUUAUUCACAGCUAUUUGAAAUGCAUAAGAUAAAAAAAAGAGUAGUAGAAUUAUUACACAUAUUUGCAAAUAUGUUUGUGUUCCUUUUAUCCUGACAAUGAAGUUAACCUUUUUUGUUAAUGUUAAAAUUAUAGUAUUAACUUUCAACAUAAACUUCAAAAAAUAUUUAUGUCAUGAUUUUUUUUUUGCGGGGCAAUGAAGGUUGUGUUUAGUCAUGAUUUUUAACUUGAUUUUUCACUAAGUUUUAAAUGGGUCCAAAAAAAAAAAUAAAUCUAAUGUAUAUCAGCACAAUCAGUUUCAUAGUUACUAUAUUUUUACUUGGAUGAAUCUAGAAGUGCAUACUUCCACUGGUGUGGAUUUCACCCCAUCCGGGUCAUUUCCUUUUCUGUGAUUUUUGUCCAUGUCCUUCCAUGAAUUUAACAUAGAGGCUGAAUAUGCUUUCAAAUGUGCUAGAGAUCUUCCACUAUCUUUUAAUGUUUCAUGAACACCUGCAUAACAUUUGAGUUUUCCAUCUGUUAUAUUUCAUUCUUGCUAUGUAACUAUACUCAGUAUUAAUUAGUUUAUCUUAACUGUGCCAAGGGAAAAGUUUUUAAUCUUGUUUUCAGAAAAGAGGACUAGAACACAAAAGUGACAAGGAUUUAUUUGGGGAUUACAAAUGAGGAUGAACACCAUUUUGAAAACUGAUAUAACAAAGUUUAUAGAAAAUGAUAUAUUUUUUCUCUUUUUUUUUGCAAUACUUUCUUUUCAUUUGAAUUUUUUUUCUUUCCAGGGAAAGUAUGCUUUUUACAGUACCUGUAAGCACAUCAAUGUGUUUACACUGAUUUGGGAACUAAGUACUUUUUGGAAUGCUGGAAUACUCAUCAAACCCAGUGUAAUAUGCAACAACAGCAAAAGAGAGGAAUACAUUAGAUUAGGACAUUUUAUGAUUAAAAAUGCUCAUGGUCACAGCUUUUGAAAGAAUAUUUCAUUAAAUCAAGUCAUUGCACUUGGUCAAAAAAAGUGAUACAUUUUUUCAACAGAAGUUCAAUUACUUUAUGUCAGACUAUGCAUUUCACACCUAAUUAUGCUCAUUCCAAAAGUCUUUCACAUGCAAGGUUACUGCUCUAAGUUUACUAUAUAUGAGUUAUAUAGGUGUGAGCCCACUGUCAUGUACUCAAUACAAAUUUAAUAAAUGCUGCUUGAUGAUGACAGCAUGGUUAUAUAGCAAAUGUUCUCAAGUUUCUGUGCCAAUGAAAAACCACUAUUUAGUGGAAAUGAAUUAUGCAAGCUUGUGUGAGGCAGGGCUUUUAACAUUUAAAAGAAUCUAUAAUAAAGAUAAAGUAUUUUUUUAAAAUGUAGUGGAAAGGCUUUUUAGACUGCUGUUUGUCAUUCAUUUCAAGAUGCACUAGUAAGAUUUUUUUUUUUGGUUCUAUCUGGAGCUACAAAACACAUGGGAUUAAAAACAUCUAUUAAGAAAGGUAAACAAAUCAGGGGUGAUUUUUUUUUAUCAUAAAGGAGGUUGGUUUUCUGUUGUUUUUUAACAGGGUCAAGUAUAAUGAUUAUAUUUCUAAAAUGUAUUUAUUUUGUCUUUGCUCUUAGCACUUUAAAAGCUCUAGUAUUUAUAUCACUUUCAAUGAAACCAUAGUGCCUGUCAAAAUGUAUACCUCUAAUGACGUUUCCUUAAAGUACUAUCUGUCUCUAUCUCUCUGUAUCUCUCUAUGUAAUAAUAAUUAAACUUAUGAUGUUGUUUGCUUUUUAAAGCAACUAUUGAUAUCAGAAAUAUCAUUG